GACGAAUGUUAGAAAAAAAAGUGAGAAGAAGUGAAAAGUGAACAUGUUGAGGUUGGACAGUCAUAAAUUUUGUACCCAAAUUAACAAAAAGAAAAAUAUUACCCACCACUCCAGUUUUCCUCGGUUCUAUUCAAUGAAUAUUUCAAUUUUUUAUUAAAUAUUGGUUGAAAUAUUCUUUUGAUUGUAACCGUGUGUAAACUUAGCAUCACUUCAUUUGUUUGAAGAAAGUGGCAUCAUGGAAGACAACACAAAUGGAAUCGCCAAUAAAUCAGGUUGUCCAGCAAGUAGGGAUUCUUCAUUUCAUUUUGUUCCCCCGGGAUCAGUUCAAAACGGUACGAACGAUGUAGAUAGCUUCCACAUUCUCGAUGAGACUGAUGAAAAUGAGGAAUCUGAUAAUGCAGUAGAUUAUGAUUCUGACAUUCCUGAUGAUGAGAUUGAAAAGAUGCUUGAAGAAGCUUUGGAAAGAAAGAAGAGAAAAGCUUCAGAAGCAGGCUUAGAAACUGAAGAUGACAUUCCUUUUGAAGAGAAAACAAAGAUUGUUUUAAUUGAGAAAGGUCAAAACCACUUUGAUAUCCUUCCAGAAGGCUGGAUACAAGUUGCACACAAUAGUGGAAUGCCAAUAUAUUUACACAAAAUCACUAGAGUAUGUACCCUCUCCAGGCCAUAUUUUCUAGGGCCAGGGUCUGCUCGCAAACAUAAUAUCCCUGUGAAUGCAAUUCCUUGUUUGAGUUACAAGAAAGCAUUGGAAGAAGAAAAAAGUAAAGGUCCUGAGGAAGUUAGGUCAAAUAUCUCUGAUCAGAAUUUUCCAAAUGCAAAAAUUGAAACUGUGCAAGAAAAUAUUCAGAUGCAAAAUCUUUCUCCAGAAGAAGUUAGAGAAUAUUGUCAAAAAGUGUUUCAAUUUCAGUCACUGAAAGUACUUAGAUUCAAAUCAUGGUCAGAAAGGAGAAAAUUCACUAAGAAACGAAAACAUGAGAAGCAACUUCAAAGACCUACAUUGCCAGAUGGAACCAAACUCAUAACCUUCCCUAUUAGAAAUUCUGAAGCAUCUGAUAGUAACCCAAAUUCAAAGAAAGAAUGGAUAAUGAAUCCCAAUGGCAAAUCAUAUGUUUGUAUUUUGCAUGAAUAUGUUCAACAUGCUUUGAAAAAGCAACCAAGCUAUGAAUUCAUUGAGUUAGAAAAUGCAGCAACACCUUAUUCUGCUACUGUUUUAAUAAAAGAAAUGCGAUAUGGAGUAGGUUAUGGGUCCAGUAAGAAGCAAGCUAAGUCAGAAGCAGCUAAAGCAACUUUAGAAAUUUUGAUACCAGAAAUGAAAUUAAAAAUUAUACCUGACAAUAAAUCAGGUGAUACAGCUAAAAAAGACAAAGACCAGGAUCUCUCAUUCUUUGAUGAAAUUAGAGUAGAAGAUCCCCGUGUAGCAGAAUUUUGUGCCAAAACCACUGAACCAGCACCAUAUGAUAUACUUCUAACAUGUCUCCAACGUAAUUUUGGAUUAGAUGAUCUCCAUAUUAGCUACCAAGGAAAUACUUCAAAAAAUCAAGGCAAUGAGUUUACAAUGACAGUAGGAAAACAUACUGCUACUGUGGUGUGUAAGAAUAAAAGAGAUGGCAAGCAGAGGGCAUCUCAAGCUAUUUUACAGGCCUUACAUCCUAGUAUAACUUCUUGGGGGUCACUUCUGAGACUGUAUGGCAAUAGGUCUGUAAAAAGCUUCAAAGAAAAGAAAAUGGAGGAACAAGAAAUCACUUCAUUACAAAGUAAAGCAGCUGUGAAUCAACCAAACUAUGCUAUAUUGAAUAAGUUACAUAUGGAAUUAGGAAAAUUACGUGAUAGCCGUAUAUUUAUAAAACCUGUUGGUGUGCUGAAAACUAGCAGAACUGGGGUACUCCGUAGAUUGAAUAGUAGUAUUCCUAAAAAACAAAACUCAUGAUGUUACUAGUUUCAAAUUGUAUAUUUUUUGUGUUGUUUCUUCAACAGAUGUGCCACAUCCUUGUUAUAUUUUCCUGGUACUGAUUAAUUUAUUCAGAAAUGUAUUGGAAUGAGAUUGUAGAUUUUAUAGGAAUAUUUGCAGUAGUUCUCAGGCACUGAUAUGAUUUUAUAUUUGGAUUAAUUGAUACCCAUUUCAAUAACAAUUAUGAUAAGUUAUUUUUUCUAUUCAUUAAUAAUGGUCAUCCAAAGCUGAAGAAAAUAGUUUUGAUCCAGAAUAAAUUGUGUAUUUGAGUCCAUGUACUAUUUUUGUGUUUAUGACAAUUCCUAGAACUUGAAUAUUUUGUGAGCAUAGUCAUUAGUAAUAAAAGCUAAAAUUGUAUUCGGUUUCUUGCUAUAAAUUCCUUUCUA